UUAAUCCUUAUCUUGAACCAUGUACGUGCUGUGCCACUUAUGAGCUAUAUAUUCCCUGCAGCCCCUCCUUCGUACUUUACUUCUUUCGUGGAGACGCUGGCCCAUCUACUGACCCGUCCCCCGGUAUACAGGUUGCACGGCGACAAAAUGGCCAGUUUAGGCGCCGAGUUUGGCCGGAGCUUUGCUCGAGAAACAUGGACGCUCUACGGUGUCGGUAUGCUCGGUGUCGUGCUCAGAUUUGUAGCACGUAUCCGUCGACUAGGCAUCCGAAACCUUCAAUCCGACGACUACGUUAUGGUGUUUGCGUCCAUAUGGUACACCAUCCUAUGUGUCGCACUCAAUCAGGUUGCUUCCGGCGGAGGGUCAAAUUUGAUGACGGAGGAGGAUAAAAAGAACUUGACGCCGGCCAUAUACGAGGAAAGAGUGAGGGGGAGUAAAUGGGUGUUUGUCUCGGAGCAUGCCUUUGUGCUUGCUAUUUGGGCCAUGAAGGCAUGCAUGUUGAUCAUCUAUUCCCGCAUCACAGAGGGAUUACGCCAGAGGAAAUGGGUCAACUACCUCGCCAUCUACGUUGCAUUGGGAUUUGUCGCAGUCGAGCUCGCCCUGUUCCUCAUCUGCAGACCUCUAUCAAACUACUGGGCAGUGCCUACUCCCAACCCUCAAUGCUCGACCUUCCAACAUUACGAAAUCAUCCAAGGCUGCUUCGCCAUUACCGGCGAUAUCGCCAUGCUCCUCAUCGGUCUCCCCCUCCUAAUGCAAGUGCGCGUCCCGCUUAAGCAGAAACUCAUCCUCGUCAUCCUCUUCGGCAUGGGCGUCUUCGUCAUCGUCGCCGCAAUCCUCACAAAGGUUUACUGCCUCGUGCCUAGGCUCAUCUCCUACGUCUACAUGAACUGGUAUUUCCGCGAAGUCACCGUCGCCGUCCUCGUCACCAACCUCCCGCUCAUCUGGUCCCUCCUCCGCGACGUCUUCCCCGCGCUCAAGAGCUGGACUGGUGGAUCGAAGCGCGGGACUGACCGGUACCGCUCUGGCCCGUGGACCAGCAAAGCAUCUGGACGACACUAUGGACCACCGAGCCAGUUCAAGUCAGGCGACGACUUCCAGAUGAACAAUUAUAACCGGAGUGUCGUCGUCACGCCGCAAAAGGACGCAUCGAGCAUCAGUCUCGAGACGGAUACCCGCGAGCCGAGCGACGAUGGCUCCGAGCGCGCGCUGCAGAUCAGACAGGAUGUCACCAUUACCGUCCAGCGCGAGUCGCGGCCGAUGGACUAUAACCACCAGCCGCAGCCAUGAUUCUCAUUACAGAUAAAAAAGAUAGACGACUUCCUUCGUUGUGUAUAUACUUUACACUGUGCUUUUUUGUUUCUCAUGUACUAAUGACUAGAUAUGCCUAGACUUGCGGCGUUAAGAGGUAGACUAUUACAUCGAUACCUUCUGUCUAAUACUGUAAUACAAUCGUCAAUUGUUCCUGAGGAAGAAGCAGCUCAAGCCAUCGGCUCCACGAGGGCCACAUAUCCGAUCCCGUGUCCCA